AUGGGUGCCGACCAACAGGUCCCGGACAUACCUCACGCUGGCGUGGUCAUCAUAUCCUACUUGCUAGGCACAUACCUCGUACGCAUGUUGAGGCCGUCACUGUACAGCACGUGGACUACGCGAUGGACGAACCAGCUCGACACAUUUGCCGUGAUGCGCAUCGGUGCGGCGGUGCCAAGCCGAUUUCCGCUCUGGCUGGCGCACAGCCCAGACGACGUCGAGGGUCUCGACAAGCUUCCCGGGUGGAUUGGUGGUGUCACCGGUGUGGAGGGUAGCGGGGUUGACGGCGUAGGCGAGUUGGGUCUGGGCGGAGAAAUGCCACUCAGAGGGAAGAAAAGGUAUCGCUGCUAUGCGGCCGAUGGCAUAGAGAAUCCUGCGGGAAGUGAGCGGAGGCGAUUUGAAUCCUCCAGAGCUCCUACUGAAAGGGAGUGA